GUCGCUCAAAUUAUACGUCAUCACGCUCAGCUGACUGCUCCCCGCGUCCACGAGUCGACUGAACCUGUCGGAACAGAAGCAGAAACGUUAGAAAAUGUUUCAGGUCUGAUUUUAUUUUCUUCUCACCUGGUGUGUGAGCGCGUGAGGGCUGACGUCACGUCUCUUUAUCGACGCUCGGCCGCCAUGUUGAGCCGCAGACAUGCGGCGCACUAGUUUCUCUGUUUUGCUGUUUCUGCUAAACUUAAGCGAAACUUCCGCAGCUUCAUACGUCGUCAGGGUGGAUGUGCAGCGAGCAGCGGGAGAGCUGAGGCACUUCUGGAGGAGCACCGGGUUCUGCCCCCCCCUCCCUCACACACAGGCCCACCUGUUUGACCUGAGCGUAGACCAGCAGCUGAACCUGGCCUACGUGGGCUCCGUCCCCCAUGGAGGGAUCCAGCAGGUCCGGAUCCACUGGAUGUUGGAGCUGGUCACCGCACAAGAUGUGGGUGGACGACCUCAGUACGACUUCACUAAACUGGACCAGCUGAUCGAUCUCCUGUGGAUUAACGGCCUCCGACCAGGUUUUGAACUGAUGGGCAGCGUCUCAAACUACUUCACCGACUUCGAGGACAAAUCUCAAGUGAUGGAGUGGAGAAAUCUGGUUUAUCUGGUGGCCAAGAGGAACAUCGAUAAGUUCGGCCUGGAAAGUGUUUCUCAGUGGAACUUUGAGACGUGGAACGAGCCGAACAACCACGACUUCGAUAACGUCAGCGUGUCGAUUCAAGGGUUUCUGAACUACUAUGACGCGUGUUCAGAGGGUCUUCGUGCUGCCAGCAGCCUCCUGAGGUUCGGAGGUCCGGGAGACUCGUGUCACUCUCCUCCUCACUCACCGUACUGCUGGGCCAUGCUGCAGCACUGCUACAACGGCACCAACGUCUUCACCGGAGAGACCGGGGUCAGGAUCGACUACCUCGCCCUGCACAAGAAGGGAGGAGGCUUGUCCUUGCCCAUCCUCCAGCAGGAGGUCCAGACCAUGAGGGAGAUCCAGGAGCGGUUCCCCCGGUUCAGGAGCCUCCCGGUGUUCAACGAUGAGGCCGACCCGCUGGUGGGCUGGUCCAGGCCUCAGGAGUGGAGGGCUGAUGUGACCUACGCUGCGAUGGUGGUGAAGGUGAUCCAGCAGCACCAGGACCUCCUGCUGGCAGACCCGAACAGCACCAUCAACUACACCCUGCUGAGCAACGACAACGCCUUCCUCAGCUUCCACCCGCACCAGUUCACCCAGCGCACACUGACCGCCCGCUUCCAGGUCAACAACACCGAGCCGCCUCACGUGCAGCUCAUCAGGAAGCCCGUCCUCACCGUCAUGGGCCUGCUGGCUCUGCUAGGAGAGACUCAGGUUCUGGCUCAGGUCCAGAGCUCAGCAGGAACCAACGACAGCACCGUGGGAGUUCUGGCCAGCAGCCACAAACCAGAAUCCCCCGGCGGCUCCGACAGCUGGCAGGCAGCGGUGCUGGUCUACAACAGUGACGACAACAGCACCUCCACCAGCACCGAUGAUGUCACCGUGUCUCUGAACGGACUGGCGGCACACGAGGGUCUGGUGUCUGUUGUGUAUUACAUCGACAACAACGUGACGAACCCGUACCAGCUGUGGCAGACGAUGGGCAGCCCCGACUUCCCCACAGCUCAGCAGUUCAGACGCCUCAGGAGCGUGCAGGAGCCUCGUGUGGACGGACCGUGGGAAGUCCCUGCAGGAGACACUCUGACUCUGAGAGCCAAACUGUCUCUGCCCUCCGUCCUCCUCGUCCAUGUGUGUGCUCGGCCCAAAGCAGCGCCGGACCAGGUCAAUGGAUUACGCUUCAUCAGGAUCACCAAAGGACAAGUUCUGGUCGUCUGGUCGGACCGCUGUGUCGACUCCAAAUGCAUCAAAAUGUUCGAGGUGGAAUUCUCCUCAGACCAGACGGAGUUCAGCAGAAUUAAUCCUCAGGACACCAUCUUCACUUCUUAUGUUCAUUCACCAGUGGACCAGGAGGUCGGAGGUCAGUACAGAGUUCGGGCUGUGGACUACUGGGGGCGUCCCGGGUCGUACUCACUGCCAGAGACGUACUCAGAGGAUCAAUAGACCGAUCGAUCAUCACAUCAGGUGUUUUGUUCAACUUGAAUAGAUUUUAUAGAGUCACGUUCUGAUCGCAUGUGUGAUACUGAUGCUGUGAUGACAGUGAAACAGACGUUACAUUUCACAGGCUGAGUCAUUCGUUUGUUUUUGCUCAUCUUCAACAGAAUAUUGUGAUUGAAUAUAAUAAUCAUGAUGUUAAAUUCAUUCAUUUCUGAUGCGGCUGGAGAUUUAUUAACUUACAGGAGAGAAGUGGCUGCUGGCAGCAUCAAGACGUUUUCAUCAUCUCUGUAAUAAUGAACAGGAUGGCUGUGAUCGUAAAACAGGAUUAAAACACGUCUGGUACUUUAGUUUUUAAUCAUUUAACAGCUCACUGGUGCAGGAGAUAAUAUGUCAGUAACAAUGUGUGUAUGAUGCAUUUGCAUACACACAUAAAACUUCUUCUUUUAUAAACUUCAUGUCUGAGUUGAUCAGCGACGUCGGUCUCAGAAAAGUCAGCAGUGUUUUUAUUGUGUGAGGGAAGCAAACAUCUGGAGCUGCCGUCAUCAUUUCACUGGUUUGCUCUUAAAUGAUUUUAUAACUAUGACGCUAAAAUCUUCUGGCAGAUAUUUAGCAGCUUCAUAACAAACACAGGAUGCAAACAUCUGACUUUUUGUAAUCGAAUGUCAAAUACGGUCUGAAAAAUCUACCAAGAAAAUGAAAAUGUGCAGAAAACAUCAUGAACUGAUUUCACUGUUACGAUCAGACAAACAAAUCUAAUGGAUCCAUUUUAUCUGUAAUCUGAUUUUAGAUUUUUAAUAUUCUAUUUUUUAUACUUGACUUGAAUGUGUUUUAUGUGUUUGCAUCAGUAAAACUUUGAUCACUAA